AUGCCUGUCCAUGUUCCUGACUACAGCAGGGAUAGCAGGGAAGAAUAUUUCAGGAACAACCGAAAACGACCUAAAUAUCUCGAAACCUUGAUAGUGAUCGAGGAACUGCUGAUAUGUCUCAUCAAUGCCAUCGUCUUCGCAGCAUUUGCCCAGGGGACGGGUGUAUUCUCCAGGCGGGUUCAUGAGUUCCCUGAGCUUUUCAAGCCACCGUAUAGCCCUUAUAUCGGGCGAGGCACUGACAUGCCAUUCAUCACAGCGUGCAUUGUCAUCGCUUGGACAGUCCUCCUCUUCCUACCCCAGAUCUGUUGGUUGGCUUCCAAGAGAUCCUGGUGGCUGAUCGUCACGCUAUUCAGAUGUGGUGUUGUAGUGUGUCUGGCUCUCAGUGCCGUGUUUCAGUCAUGGUAUCUCCCACUGCCGUUAGGAUCAUGCCAAAAUGACGGGGAAUGGCGAGAUACGACGAAUGUUCCUGAAGGCACUCUCACCAUGUUCAAAGAUAUGCCCACUGAGAUAAUUGAUCAUAAUGGUGGAAUAAAGACUGUAUCGGCAUGUGAGCGGUUACUUUGGAUAUGGAGGUUUGAAAUUGCGAAU